GGGUUUUAUUUUAUUUUAUCAUUUAUUUGGUUUGAUUUACACCUCUGUUGUUUCCUAUAGAGUCCGAGGAUUCUUCUUUUCCUCACAUUGUCUACCAAAUUCCCUCCUUCCCAUGUCUUAAAAUGUAAACAAAAAAACAAACCAGGUUUUCAAACAUCAGUUCAUUGCUGUCGUACAUUCAACAAUGGUUGAUAUUCUCUCCCCUCUUUGCCCCUGAUUCCCUUCCCUACCGCACCCUCUCCAUCCAUCUAAGGCAGGAUGGUCGCUCUCCCUUUCCUCGGCCGUCUGUCUUUCCUCCUCCUCAUUGCCACCACUACAACCACUGCCUUUGCCAUCGGAAUCCACCAUGGCAGCAUCAUCCGGAAACCUUCUUCGGGCGUUCCAAACUUUAGGGAGGCCCCUGAGUUUCGCAACGGGGACGUUUGUGGGACUAAUGCUUCUGAAAGAAUCCACAUUGCCAUGACAUUGGAUGUAAACUACCUCAGGGGCACCAUGGCCGCUGUUCUCUCCGUCCUCAUGCAUUCAACCUGCCCCGAAAACACGGAGUUCCAUUUCCUGUGGGGAAAAUACGAGCCCGAGGUGCUCGUUAGCAUCAAUUCAACCUUCCCUUACCUCAACUUCAGACUUUACCGCUUCGACUCCAACCGUGUUCGUGGCAAGAUAUCAAGGUCUAUUCGCCAAGCAUUGGACCAGCCUUUGAACUACGCCAGGAUUUACCUUGCCGACAUGUUACCACCAGAUGUUAAACGUGUUUUAUACUUGGAUUCCGACCUUGUCGUGGUGGACGAUAUCGUGAAACUCUGGGAAGUUGAUUUGGAAGGCAAAGUGUUGGCGGCACCAGAAUAUUGCCAUGCCAAUUUCACCAAGUAUUUCACGGACUUGUUCUGGUCGGACAAGGAGUUGUCUAGUACAUUUAAUGGAAGAAAGCCAUGUUAUUUCAACACUGGAGUCAUGGUGGUAGAUGUUGAUAAGUGGAGACAAGGCGGAUAUACGCCGAAAGUGGAGGAAUGGAUGGCGCUGCAAAAACAGAAGAGGAUAUACACCUUGGGUUCAUUGCCACCAUUUUUGUUGGUGUUAGCUGGUAAUAUAAAAGCUGUUCAUCAUAGGUGGAACCAACAUGGACUAGGGGGUGACAACCUUGAGGGUAAGUGUAGGAGUUUGCAUCCCGGGCCUAUUAGUUUGUUGCAUUGGAGUGGUAAAGGGAAGCCUUGGUUGAGGCUGGACUCGAGGAAACCCUGCGUUGUUGAUCAUCUUUGGGCACCCUAUGAUCUUUAUGGCUCAUCAGAUCACUCUUUGGAGGAAUAAGGGAAACUGAGUACACCAAUCCAGUCUGCUUUUAACCAUGGCCACAACAAGCCCUUUAACUUUUCAUUCUACAUAUAUUCCCAGAACCAUAACUUUGAAGUCUCAGUAGGAAAGGGAUAAGAUUAUGUUUCGAUAAUAAAUAAAUAAAUAAAAAUGAGAGGGGGAAAGAGUGAGUGAGGAUUUGUAUAUUAUUUACUUAUUGUUUUAACAUCAUGGUUCCUUGAAAGAUGCUUAAAAAAAUCAAAUGCGUUUAUUGUAUUAUAGUGCAUGAAUGAAUGUUAAUAUUAUACAUUUUAGAUUUAGCCUCUA